AUGGAUAGCCCUGGCGGCAAUCACGAGCCCUGGUGGGCAGGUCGCGCCCGGUACUGGAAGACGACCUUGCUAGCGACGAGCCUCACAUUCGCCAUCUUGGCGACUAUAUUCUAUGCAUUGCGGGUGUAUGCAUCGAGAAAAUCGCGGCGCAUCGUCCGCCCCGACGACAUCUUCAUGGGGCUUGCCGUGGUAUUUAUGUGGGCGGAAACGGCAGCGGUCCUCCUCAAAUGUUAUAAUGGUGUUGGUACGCCGGCUCCCGAGCUAGCGCACGACAGAAUCUAUCGUCUAAGCCUGGGCUCAUGGCUCGUGGCAAAGUUUUGCGUACUGUCGAUGGUGUGCUGCCGACUAUCCAUAAUACUAUUCUUCCGCACCGUAUUUGGCGUGUACGAUACAACGCGGCGCAUUCUCAACUUCCUGGCCGUCUUCAGCGUGGUCUGGGGUAUCGCCUCGCUCUGCGUGUCCAUCUGGGCCUGCUCGCCGGUGACAUACUACUGGGACAAGAGCACGCCGGGCGGUUGGUGCGUCGCGCCAAAAGUGUACAACCACGAGAGCUUGGCGUUCUCGGUGCUGGGGCUGCUGACGGAUCUGGCGAUACUAGCGACACCGCAGCAGCGUAUAUGGAGGUCGCAGAUUGAUCUUCAACAUAAGAAAGCCAUAACGGCAAUUCUGGGCGUUGGCAUAAUAGUUUGCAUCUUUUCCCUACUACGCUGUGUUCAGUUUGCGUACUUUGAUACAGCACAUCUAUCCACAUCGGGCAAUCUCGAAACUACGUGGACGUUUCUCGAAAACGACAUUUCCAUCAUUUGCGGAUGCAUGCCGCAGCUGCGGCCGUUGUUGCCGGGAUACUUGAAAGGUCGAGCUCCGUCAUAUGCCGAAGACGGAAACCGUGUACGAUACGACGGCAAUAAUACCGGCAUUUUCACAUGGGGGAAAAGGGUCAGGGGGGUAGAAACGACGAUUUCAAGCAACACGGUAUUCAGCACCCGCUCGCAACACAAAGCUCGAAAUUCAUCCGAGUUGGAACUCAACGCUAUUGAGGUCGAGACGGAAACGACUGUAACAAGGUCUCCGGAUCAUGAAGCACAACGAUGA